AUGAGUAGCACUAAGUCACAACUCAGUGACCACCCAAAAAGUUACACAGAAGAGAAACCACAUGAAUGCAGUGAAUGUGGCAAAGUCUUCUCCAGAAAGUCACUGCUCUUGAUACAUCAGAGAAUUCACACAGGAGAGAAACCCUGUGUCUGCAGCGAAUGUGGGAAAGCCUUCACUUGGAAGAGCCAGCUCAAGCGCCAUCAGCGGUCUCAUACUGGAGAGAAACUCUACGGAUGCAGUGAGUGUGGGAAAGCCUUUUCCCAGAAAGCAUACCUCAUUGUACAUCAGAGACUUCACACAGGAGAGAAGCCUUACGAAUGCAGUGAGUGUAGAAGAAGCUUCGUUUUUAAGUCAGACCUGACCAAGCAUCAAAGAAUUCACACAGGAGAGAGACCUUAUAAAUGUAGUGAGUGUGAAAAAGCCUUCAGAAGCAAGUCUGAGCUCAUUCAGCAUCAGCGAACUCACACGAGGGAGGGACCAUAUGGAUGCAGUGAAUGUGGCAAAGACUUUACCCACAUGUCAUUCCUCAUGAGGCAUAAGGAGACUCAUUCAAGAGAGAACGCACUAAAUUCACUGAAGGUGAGAAAAACUUCUUCAGGGAGACACAGCUCUUUAUACAUGUGUAAACUCAUACAGGAACAGAACCCUAUGACUACAGUGCCUGUGGAAAUGUCUUCUUCCAGAAUUCAGCCUUUGAAAAUCCCUGUGUUGGGUCAUGGCUUGACCAACGAGGAGUGA